AUGGAGCGGAAAUCCAGGAUCCAUUUUCUUUCUCUAACUCUCUGGUUUCUACUUCUCGAUGUUGUAUUCGCUGUGGUGGCCAUUCUGGCACUGCGGAAAAGAAGGCAAGCGUUUCUGAAGGCAUACGAAGAGGUGGCCAAACCCAUCAGUGCUCAAAGACCAGGAACUGAUCUGCACAUGUGGGACUCGAUUGCCUUGGAACUGAAUUCUACGUUUGCGAAGGAUGAGAGCUGGCAUUCCGCUGUGUGUUUGUGGGACGGUGCUGACUGCGAUGAAUGCUUCAGAUCUCUCAUAUAUUUACCAUUCAAAAGGGAUGAUCUCAGUGAUGUGGUGGCGAAAAAUGUGAAAAACUCCAUAUUAGUCUAUGAAGACUCUAUAAAAGAACAGUGGAGCUGCAACGUGGAAAGUAAGACUUCGUACGAUGCAGCCCGGACAGAAAUACUACCUAAGGAUGUUUACCGGUCCAAGCUUACUUGGAGAAUGGCGAACAUAAUGAAAAAAGUGGGGCACUGGAGUUACGCUCUGUAUUUUGUUGUUGCUUUGUGUCUAUACUCUGUCUCAUUCUGGACUCUUUACAUUUAUGCCUUUCUCAUGGUAGGGGUCAUUAUAGGUUCAGCCAUUCCAAGUCGCACUAAUCUGCUCGAUAUUCAUGUUACGUUGCAAUUUUUGGAAAUAGUAGCAAACCAGAAGCCAGGUGAGGGCUCCGCAACUUGGGACACCAUCGCAAAAGCAAUGAAUAAUAAUGUACAGAGUUGUGUAAUUAGCCCUUUUUUCAAGGCGGGCUUUUUCUUUGAUGAACAUGAUUGCCGUCAAAUUUUCGGGACCACUGUUACAACUAUUUUAUCUUGCAAAAAGUCAAACUUCCCGGAACUGGCCCCUUUGGCAAAUUGGUGUAAAGCCGUCUCUUGA